GUGUCUGACGAAACUGCGCCUUCACCGCAACGAAGGAUUAAAAGCAGCUGCAGAGCGGAUCUGCGCCAGUAGCCUACCCGGUCCACAGCUGCAGCUCACGCCCGUGCAUCCACUCGGUCGGUUCGUCAUGGAGGUCCAGCGGUAUCCCAUCAGCAUCAGUCUAAUCGGAGUCCUGCACAAGCAGAAGUGCAAAAUGUAUAUGACCUCCGUGCUUUGGUCAGACGAGAAUGAGAUUGUAGUUUACAGAACCUUUGUGGAUUUCAAGAAAAUGCACAAACAAAUGAAGAAACUUUUCGACAAAAUGAAAAUGAAAAGAUCCGACAGGCUCAUCCCCAAAUUUCGAGACAAGAUGGGGACCGGCAACGUGCAGAAGAAAAGUCCAACCAAGUCCCUCCUGCGCCUCAAGUUACUGCAGAGAUAUUGCAAUGAACUUCUGAGCAGCGACCCGCAGGUCUCUCAGUGCCCAGACCUCAUCCAGUUCUUCCACCCCAACGCCGAUGACCUGCAACCGGACUUCGCCAAGAACAGCGCCAUGGUCUUGCCAUCGGACGAUGAGCUCCGUGCCGAUGGAGCACCGGUCACCGGUGGCAACGUGACCAAGCCGUUCGUCACAGAGACUUACAGAUGUGUGGCCGUCUACGAGACCAAAGACACAAAGAACAAACCUUUCAAAGUGGCGUUGAACGAACAGUUGGACGUGCUCAUCAAAGACAAAGCGGGGUGGUGGCUUGUGGAGAAUGAAGACAAGCGUAUGGCCUGGUUCCCCGCCCCCUACCUGGAGAAGGUUAAGGAGGACGACGACGACGACGAUGAUGAGGAUGAAGAUGACUUAGACGGGGACUGUGAGAGAGGACUGCGGUACACUGCAGUGAAGACCUACAAGGCCACCAAAGACGACGAGAUAACCGUGCCCAUCGGUUCAGUGGUGGAGGUCCUGCAGAAGUCUGACAACGGCUGGUGGCUCAUCAGGCACAACACUAAAGCGGGUUACAUCCCCACCAUGUACCUGCAACCCUACAAGUACCCUCACAUCCGCAUGACCGGCAACCACCAGGCCCGCCGCUCGUCCUCCCCGCACCCAAUCAUGUCCCAGAGCUUGGAAGUGCAGCAGUCCAACCAGCUCAGCCUCUCGCAAGGAAACCUGCUGCAACUUCCAACGAUAAGGUCUUCCACUCCCAAACCGGACCAACCGCGACGGGAGAGAUCAAGCUCUCUGGAUAUACUGUCCGAAGAGCCCCUCUCUCGGCCUGACAAUAGCGCCGCUGCCGCCGCCAUCGCCGCCGCCGCCGCUGCCACUGCCGCCGCCGCUGCUGCCGCCAAAGCCGCUGCCGCCGCCACUGCCGCUGCCAGCGCCGCUGCAAGGGUUGACCCCGUGCCCACGAUUAUGGUGGAGAUGGAAAAUGAGACGGGCCCCCGCACGUUGAGCCCGAGUGCAGAUAGCGAGGGAAGCUUUUCGAGCAACAGCGACUACAGCGAUGACCUCAAUGCUUCCUGGGAGAGCUCCACGUCUUUCAGCCUCAGCCAGAGCUACAAUGAGCAACAGCUGCGCGGGAGCAUCACGCCUACCCCUGUGGCGAGUAACCGCCUGGACCCACAAAGCAUUAGGCAGGGUAAAAUGAUGCCCAGCAUCUCCGAUCCCAACCUCUACAAGGGCCCGACGGCACCCACGGUGCCACCAAGACCGAAGACCAAGGAGAUCCUCUCCCGGUGCACCACCAUCACCCGCAAGAACGCGGCCAAAGGCAGCCACUCCCCCACCAAGACCGAGAUAAUAGGUCGCUGAACUUUAUGCCAAGAGGCCGCUUGAUCAAUAAGAAAGUUAUCUUGUGCUGUGGCCAAAUGACUUUAAAUGCAAAGUGUGUCCUUUUGUGUGACACUUUUGACUGGUACUGUAGGUCUGCUAGUGAAAAAAUGAUGCUACUACAAAAAUACCACAAACCAGCUUCAAUAACUGCUAAAAAGUAAGCCAGAAAUCCGGGUGUAGUUACGGAUUCAGACCCUAAUCUGAACACCCAAAUAAAGACCAUUCACUGUUGUCCACUGAAUAAUAUAUGAAGGAUGAGAGGACUCGUAUCUGAUGGAUUUGGGAAAACCUGUCCAUGCAUUCUUUAGACUUUUAAGAUUUAAUUGACCGUAUUGAUUUUGAAAUGUCCCAAAGUUUUGAUGCUUUUUAUGUGGAGACCUUGCUGAAAUGUAUUUCCUAACACUUUUGAUCUAAAGGUUUUUUUUUUUUUUUUAUAAAUGUAUUUUCCAUACUGGAAACCCUGUGUUGUGCCUUAUACGCAUCUUGCUUGCAGGCGAAGGUCCAUUGUUCUGAAGUGCCUUCAUUUAAGACUAACAAUUGGGGUGUGUGUAACUAAGACUGCAUAUACACAUAAAGUCUGAUCAUGUCAA